GUGAGAAGGAUGGGUCUAGCAGCACCCGUCGACCCUGGGACGGCUUGCGGCCACAAGCGGGCGCCCCGGAGCACGGCCCGGCCCACGCCCUCCGGCGGGCCACAUCCCUGCUUCCCCGCCCCGGGCCCCAGUCGCCGCCUGCACUCGCCUGCCUCCUAUUUGCGAGAGCCCACGCAGCUCCCCAGGUGCUUCACCAGCACAGCAGGAGGUAUGGCGGGCGUGGAGCAGCACGAGGGCACCAUCCAGGUGCAGGGCCAGAGCCUCUUUUUCCGAGAGGCUCACCCGGGCAGUGGGCAGGCCACCCGCUUCUCCGUGCUGCUGUUGCAUGGCAUACGCUUCUCCUCCGAGACCUGGCAGAACCUGGGCACGCUGCACAGGCUGGCCCAGGCUGGCUACUGGGCUGUGGCUAUUGACCUGCCAGGUCUGGGGCGAUCCAAGGAAGCAACAGCCCCUGCCCCUGUUGGGGAGCUGGUCCCCAGCAGCUUUCUGGCAACUGUGGUGGAUGCCUUGGAUAUGGGCCCCCCAGUCGUGAUCAGCCCAUCGUUGAGUGGCAUGUACUCCCUGCCCUUCCUCGUGGCCCCAGGCUCCCAGAUCCGGGGCUAUGUGCCAGUGGCCCCCAUCUGCACUGACAAAAUCAAUGCUGCCGACUAUGCCAGAGUGAAGACCUCGGUUCUUAUCGUGUAUGGAGACCAGGACCCCAUGGGUCAGACCAGCUUUGAGCACCUGAAGCAGCUGCCCAACCACCGGGUGUUAGUCAUGGAGGGGGCGGGGCACCCCUGUUACCUUGACAAACCCGAGGAGUGGCAUACAGGGCUGCUGGAUUUCCUGCAGGAGCUAGCAUGAGGCGCAGCCCUGCUGAUGGGGGUGGGCCACUUGCCUGCCUUGGGCUCUCUCUCACUCAUUCUCUCUCCUUCCCUUCGUGGGCUCCUGCUCAUCCUGCACAUCCAACAGGUGUGUCUUUCUAUCUGAGUUCUUUUAGGGUCUGUCUUUUCCUCUUCUUUCUCUUGCAGUGACAGACUGAAGAGGUGAAAUCAAGAGGAAAAAAUUCAGGAAUCAAGGGACAUAAUCUGGUGGAGGGUAAUCCAUUAGAUGAGCUUCUCCUAUAGGCUUUCCUGCUCGGCUUGCAUUCCUUCCUCUGCUCUGCCCAGCCUCCCCCCACCUCCCAGCUCCUCCUUUGGCUGCCCUGCUGGGCACAAACACCCCCUACCUUCACCUCUUAGGCCACAAAUACAUACAUGCCCACAUGCAUGCAUACACAUUACAGUCAUCUAUGUUCCCAAAUAUGAUCCUUCACUUGGGGGCAACCACACAGGUACAUGCAACUCUGGGCUGAUACGCACACUCUCACAGCAGCUUUGCAUUGCAUGCACAGGCACACACACACAUACUCUGUCCCCACACAAGCACUUGCACAGGCACAUGCUGCCCUCCCCAACCAUUCAGCACCCCAUGGCUGGGAAGGUGGGGACACCAUGAGGCCAGCCCUUGCAGGAGACCCUCUACCAAGCUUAGGGUGUGGCCAGCUUUGAACUUCACUCACCCACAGGUUGCAGCUGGCCCCCAGAUCAGAAAUGCCCACAAAAGGGAAGGGCCAUCACUUCGACCCUCAGAUCUCCCAGCUUUUCCACUUUCUUCUGGGUGCUCCACAGCUCCCCAGGUUAUUAGGCCUGGGUCUUCUCAGCCAAGCUAGUUUCCUGCUCUGAGUUUUGGGGGGUGGGGAGACAGAGAUUGGAGGUCUGUGAAAUAAAGUGAUGCAAUUAGA